AUGUUCAUCCGCAACCGCCCUGCGACGUCAAUGCAACGAAGAGAGCCGUUGCUUGGGUGUGGCGCCGCACUGCGUGUUGGGGCGCUGGCAAAGCAAAGGACUCCCGCCCCUCCCACGCAUCUGCUGCGGCGCACAGGCGGGAAACACCGGCACAUCGCCCCCAAACAACCGGGCACUGCACCCCGGCACCGCCUCCCUGCGGUGGCAGGCCUCAUCCUGAACGCCCCCGUUCCGGUCAAAGCGAGCCGUGUGCUGCACGGUGGCGUUGGGCCCGAAGACGCAGCUCUCUUACAUCUGCAGCGCGGGGUGGCGGCCGCACGGGCUGCAGUUGCGGCAGUCCGCUGCUGCCUCGUUCUUGCAGACGAACCAUCACGCCUUGGGCGUCACGGGCACAUUGGCGAGGGCCGCCCCCACUAG